CUUUCACAAAAUCUGAUUUGAUUGCAUAAGGGCGCCGCGCGCGCCGCGCUUCGGCGCGGACGCCAAUAAUCAAUGUAUGAAGUUUAACUAAGGAAUUCGAUACUAACUCCAUUGUGUAAAGUAUGUUAUAUCUAAACUUCAUAUUUCGUUCUAAAAUAAGGAAGUAAAUUAACAUUUAUUGAAGUUGAAAAAAAAAAUAAAACGAAUAUUGGAAUUAUUACAGUGCCAAAAAUCGCUUUCAGUUUGAACGACAAAAAUGCCUGAAAUUGUUGUAUAUAUUUGGCGCCCAUCUGGAGAUCUUGUCGGCCAUAGCUCCUUGCAAUUGAGUGAUGGUACCUACAUCAGUUGGUGGCCUGAAGGAGACUGUGGUCCUUCCAAUCCACGAGCAAAAGCUGCGCCCAUUGAUUCUCUUGAAAACGAUAUUGCUGAAGAAGACGAUAGACAACCUCAUGCCUACAAGAUUAAAGUAUCAAAUGAAGAGCAAAAUGCUAUAGUUCGGUGGUGGACAGCCUUCAAGGCGAAGGCAGACUACAACUUCAUUGCAAACAACUGUUCUACUGUUGUCUUCUAUGCACAAGAGGCUGCUUUCCCGUUUAUCUCCAGGCUAAAUGAUGAAAUUCAUGUGUGGGUACCAGAGGCUAUAGAAAUGGUAGCACAUGAUUUAUCCUCUGGGGAAAGGGUUUUCGGUCAACGGAGAAUUGAUGAAAUCAGAAAAGUCGCCGCAGAUGAGGUAACAAGAAUAGCAAAGAAUGGGUUAAUGAAAGCCGGAUCAGUAGCAGUAGUAACUGUUGCUUCAAGGUUUUGUAAUAUAAUUUAAAUUUAUAAAAGUAGAAGGACAGUCGUUAUAAUGCAGUAGACAAAUACAAGAAGUGUUGGAUGUAUAUGAUAAAAAAGCUUCCUUAUCGAAUUUUUAAAAGCGCUUUAUCUGACUUGUAUCAGUUUUAAACAAAAGAUACAGUUUUAAAGUAACAUACUUGUAUAUUCUUGAAAUCUUAAAAGUUAUGUCUAUGCAGUGGCAAGUGUAUAUUGUAAAUGAAUUCUAUUAAAUGAUAAGCAUUGCUACAAUUUUGUCUGUCUGUCCUGUAUUUUUGCUGGCUUGAUUUUCUAUUAUAUUCAUGAUUAAUUUCUGACUGUCUAAAUUGCCAUGCAGUAUCUGUGCAGCAGAAUUCAUGAACUGUGAUGUUAAAAAUUUUUACAGGAUUGUUUGGGCUUUAUUGAUGUAUGUGAUGCAAAGGGAAUUACAAACAUAAUUGCUGUUAACAUAUACAAGGUACACAACGCUUCUAAAUUUGUAAAACUGUAAUUAAUAUCGUAUAAUUGGUGAAACUGAAAAGGUUUAAUGUUAGAAACAUUACUUUUGUCUUGUACUCUAAAACUUGAUAUCAAUUACUUUUUCUUAUGUGAGUAUUCAUUUUCACAUUUUAUGCGUAUGUGAUGCAAGAAAUGCUACUUGUGCAUAUGUACACUGAGAACAUGUUAUGACAUAUAUUAUUAUGACAUAUAACAAAAUAACCCAAUUGAAUCUUAAUUGUUUAAUGGCGCACUGCGUGGGAACAAGUUGCAUGUGAUCAGUGUUUUGAUAAAGAGGGAUAUAGGGAAAAGCUGCUAUUUGAUGAAUACUUAGGACGUUUGAUUGUUCUCUUACAAACAAAACAUAUAAUCGAAUACAUAGAUAUUGUUGAUUUUUAUGUUUUGUUAGUAUGCAGAUUUGUUUCAUUUUAUUAUUCUUUGUUUGAAUGAUUACAAAUUUUUCAAGAUCUAAUUUAUAUUCAGUUAAUGAGCAAAUAGUCCAGAAAAUUGGAAAAGCACAACACUUGGUACAAAUAAACUUUAUGCUAUGUAAGAAAAAAUGAGCAUGGGGUCGAUUUGCAAAAAAUUCAACAAAGCGUUAAAAAUUGAUGCCCGUCAUACAUGUAUAAAAUUUCAAAAAUGCUAAUUUUAACAAAACGACUAGAUUAUAUAAGUAAUUAGAUAUUAGGGUAUUGUAGGCAUACGAUAAUCUGUUAUCAGUAUUUAAACAUUGCCUUGUCUCUUUAAAGCUAUUAUACUUAAAAUUAUAUAGAGUUUUGACAUCGCUAUCUUCUAUUAAAGAUGUUUAGAAAAA